AUGAUGCAAAUACCUUCAAACGAUAUUAGUUUAGAUGAGGAAUCUCUUCUAUUAAUAAAUAGUUUUUUUGAUGAUGAAAAUUUUUUCGAUAAUUUCUUUAAUAUCGAUAAAGAGGAUAAUUUUUUUGAAGAAAAUAAUUCCUUCAAGGAUACCAACAAUGCAUAUGAAGAAGAUAGGUUUUCUGUGAAUUCUUCUCAAGAAAAUUCUAGACCUUUACCUAAAACAGAAAGCUCUGAAAUAUUUCAGACCAAACAUUUGACUGCUAAAAAAAUUAUUCAUUUAUUGACUCCAAUUGAAUAUCCACCAACAUGUAAAAAAGAGAUUGCAAUUGAUUAUCAUAUUGAUGGAUGGAAAAGUGCAGAGUUAGCAUUUACAGAUGUAAAUAUUUAUUAUUAUUGCAUUCAUUCACAUUCACCUCUACCACCAAAUCGAGUGCCACUUGCAAUACGAACACGUUUACAAGAAUUAAUUCGUCAAGCUGAUGAUAAUACUACUAAUAUCACUCCGACUCGAAUUUUAACAGGAAAUUUAAUUAAAACUUACUUUGGAACUGAACAUCUCGCAAAUAUACAUGCUUCUUUAAAUAAUACUGAUCAUUUCCAUUAUUAUGUGGAUAGAAUUCAAAAGGAAAUUCAUCCCCAAAAACAAGGAAUUCUAGAAGUUGUUUACAAUUAUUCAUGUAAUCUUAAUAAUAUUCAUAAUUAUGUAAAGCAAUUAGAAUUUUUUGAAGAUAAUCAUAUAUUAAUAAUUUGUACAACUUUUGAACAACCAUCUGAAUGGUUAAAAUGUAAACAUUUUCAAAUUGAUCUAUCCUUCAAACGAGUAGCUA